AUGGAUCUCUGGGCUAAUGUGUCUGGCGCCGACACCGCCAGCGGCACGAAAUUGAAAGAAUUGGAACCCUCGAAUCCACUCCAUGCCCCGCUUCUAGAAGCCAGGGAAGAAAUUGAGCAACAAGUGGCAGAGACACCGCAACCUACUUUAGAAGACGAAGAAGCAUUGCCGCCAGGAUACACUAAAGCGAAAUUCUACCGUGCGGUAUGCGACGGAGACUUGUCUGUAUUGCAAUCUCUCCUUGACGCCGAUUCCGAGCUUGCCGCUUCUCUUUUCGAUGGAUAUACUCCCCUAGUCUUUGCUGUAGCCUACAAUCAAUACGAUGCUGCAGAGUUGCUUUUGGGAACGUACGGCGUAGACCCCGAUACUCCCGACCAGCAGAAGCUGGAGUACUCGCCGCUCAUGUGGGCUGUGCACCUCGACAACCUCCGCAUGGUGGAGUUAUUGUUGCAGUUCCAGGCAGACCCUGACUUCGCACCUAAUGCCAGCACCAAGGCCACGGCUGCGUCAAUGGUUUCGGUAACGUGUCCGGCCGUUUAUGAGUACUUUAAAAAUCAUAACUUGUUGUUUAACCGCUCGAAUCAGGACGCCUUUGUCUACGAGCCCAAGUCCUUUGGUCUCCAGACUGAUAACUACGAGGAUGACCUUGCAUACCAGAUCCAGAUGCUGAGUAUAGCAGCCAAUCAGACGCCUGAACCUUUUGAGACGUAUCGGCCAACCUCGGCGGAUUCCGAAGACGACGAGGAUCUCCGACGGAUCCCUGACUUUAACUACUCCAAGGCGGUGCAGGGGCAGUACAUCAAAUUCACUGAUUCUGACAUUCCGUCAUUGCUCGACUAUAUCUUCGGCUUGCGUCUCAAGUCUCGAUCCUUGCAGCAUGACGCAAGGGUUCCUGCUGCCGUUGUCUUUCAGCUCAUAAAUUACUCUCAUACCAAGGUGGGCGCAGAUGAUUUGACCGCCUUCCUCUUGGAGUCCUUCAUUGCGAGAGUCAGAUCCGUCACAAAUACGAAAUCGGGCGUUAUGACUGCUGCGGACUCGGCACCUGGCGCGGCUCAAGGAGAUAUUGUUUUGCUCAGUUACUGGCUUUCUGUGAUUCAAUUUCUUCAUCUUCACUUGACAAGAGGCGGUGUGUACAAGCUGCACCAGGAGUUUCUCCAGACUUUGAUCAGCGUCACCCAGAAUCUUAUUGCCACCAUUUCAUUCUCCAUCGAUGUCCGUCUUAGUGAUUUAGCCUUGGAGUGCAUUCUUGACUAUACCAGCCUUGUUGAUGUGUCAAGCGCCAUGUAUGAAAAGGAUUGGAACUUCCGGAAAAUGAAGCGAGCUCCUAAGUCAUAUGAUGAUAUUCUUGACAUGUUAUACCCACCUUCAGAGGAAGAGCUUCGAUUGCCAUCUCCAGUCAGAUACCUUCAGGUAUUAGGUGCUCUUGAUUACGUUUUGACGAUACACAUGAUUCAUCCCUUAAUUCGGUUCCAGGCAUACUCUCAGGUGUUCUAUUUGAUCAAUGCCGACUUGUUCAAUCGUGUAAUCUCGACUUCAAAGUAUUGCUCUCGUGCAAAAGCCAUCCAAAUAAGAUUGAACGUCUCCGCUCUCGAAGAUUGGUUGCGCUCGCACAAUGCACAUAUAUACAAACCAGAUCCUUUGGGCGGUCUCAGCAAUUUGGUGGGGCCUUCUGAUAGUGCUUAUACUCACCUCGUUGGCCUACUCGAUGAGACCGAUGAUCCAAAAGAUCCGCAUUCUCUUGGGUUCUUGUACAAAUCAUUGUAUCAUGUUGGGCGCACUCAGCUUAAUCCGUUGAUCGAAUUGCUCCAGUGGUUGCAGGUCGUCACCGGUCUUCAGGAUGAAGAGACUUUCAUCAACACAAUGAACGAACUCGAUGACUUGAAUUACUAUCAAAUCUAUAAGGUAACAAGAAAAAUGUACCGUUAUGAGGUGAAUGAACCAAAAGUCCCAAAGGUAUUGAUUCAAAAGCUUAAGUCCAUCCUUGAUGAACAUGGCGAGGCACAGGUGCAGAGAUCCAAGAUCAGUUUCCUUUCACAGUCAUCGUUCUUAUCAAAAGAGCUUUACUUAAUUAUCAACCCUAGCUAUGUGUUUGGUAUUGCACUUCCCAAUUUAAGUGAACUUAUCGUAAGCUUCGGAGCAGGGCUCGGAGGUGUCAAGAAAAAUCACGCGAAGAAGUUCCAACCACAUUUGCCCAUUGCCAUUGUUGAUGAUGUGGAUGAAAUACUUACGGAAAAUCGUCAGAACUUGAACGAUACUUAUACCUAUGAUGACGAUGACAACGACGGCAAUGAGGAUACCAAUGACUACAACGAGCAAGGAGGCAUCCAGAAUUUCGGUUCGAAAGGUGCGCGGAAAGAAAGCUUUGACCGUGAUAACAUGCUUUACAAGAAAAUAGAGCCACCUCUGAUGGCCCACCCUAGCUUUGCCCAUGACGAGAUCGAAAUCAACCCAUGGUAG